ACAAACACGUUGCACAAACUUUGCGACACUUGUCCAUUCUUUCGUUUUACAAACCCCCCAACUAAGCAAACUCUUACCUCUUUAUAACCCUCUUCUCUUGUGUUCUCCCUCCACAUUUUCUCAUCCUCUUCUCAAAAUAUUAUCAUCAGCUUCAUAAAAAAAAAUAAUUUAGAAACGCAUUUCUGUCCCACCAUCUUGAAACGCCUUGCUCAUACAGAUCAAAGAUUUCAAACUUGUAAGCAUAAGAAAACAUCCAGAAAUUAGCAAUGGCAUCUGAGAAAGUCACUAGGAAAGAUACAACAGAAGUUAGCAACAAGCAAGAACAUCAUGAAGAACCUAGAGUCGCAAAACUUGCUACCCAUUUCGAAUCUCUUGCUGAGAAAGCAAAUCAACCUAGCCUACAUCAGAGUGAUGAAGAAUCUCAUACUGAGAAAAUCAAAGAACCUCAUACUGGAAAAGAGAGAGAUACUAUGAAGAAAGCAGGUACUGAUCAAGAACAUGUUCAAUCUAAAUCUCAAUUCGAGGAUUCAAACAUUAGCCAAAGAAAAAAACAACAUCAAAACACCCAAGAUGAUUCUGCUACCAAAAAUAAACAAAUACAGAAAACUACUGCCACACAAGGGGAAGGUCCUCAUGAUCAAGGUGUGAAGAAAUCACAAUCACUGGAGGAAAUUGGAAAACAUAGACAACAGGCACAACAGAACUCCAUGGAAGCCAUUAGAGGUGCAGAGGAAAGGUAUGAUAAGGCAUCAAAGAAAGAGUAUCAUCAUGAGGAGGAUGUGAAGAAUCCUCAGUCUCUAGAGGAAGUUGGACAAUACAGGCAACAAGCGCAACAGAACUCGAUGGAGGCCAUUAGAGCUGCAGAAGAGAGGUAUGAAAAAGCUAAACAAGCUGGUUCUGCAGCACUACAUGACGUAAAAGAAUGUGUCGUCCAUGGGUUAGGAGCAGCUUCAACAUAUGUUGCUGAUAAAAGUGUUGCAGCAAAAGAUACCACCAUUGAAAAAGGUUCACAAGUAUUAGGGUACGCAGCAGAAAAAGCUUCGAAAGGGUUAUCAGCAACUAAAGAUACAACUUUGGGUGUGGGGAAAACUGCAUUAGAUUAUACACUGCAAACAGCUGGACAAGCAAAGGAUUUCACAGCAAAGAAAGCUGUUGAAGCUAAAGAUGCAGCUGUUGAUGUUACUAAAAAAGCCGCAACUGUUGCAAGUGAGAAAGCAGUAGAAGCGAAAGAAAUGAGCUUAGGUGUUGGUAAAGCUGUUGUUGAUUUAACAGUUGAAGCAGGGGUGAAAGCUAAAUAUGUGGCAGUUAGUACUGGUAGUACUGCGGUUCAUUAUGUUGGCGAGAAAGCUGUGGACAUUAAAGAUACAGCCCUUGAUGUCAGCAAAAGGACCGUUAAUUAUGCUGGUGAGAAAGUUGUUGCUGCUAAAGACGUUACCAUAGAAGCAAGUAAGAAGGGUUUGGGUUAUGCUGGUCAGAAAUCAUCUGAAGCUAAACAAGCAGCUGCUGAUAUCACUAGAAGUGCCGUGGAGCAAACCAGCAAGAAACUCGAGGAAACCAACAAACCUUCUGGCGUCACAGAGAAGGCAAGCAGUAAACUUGAAGAAACCAAAAAAUACUCCGGUGUUGAGAGAGGAACAGAGGAUAAAGAUAAGGGACCAGAGAAGCAUGUUGAGGGUAUUGAAGAAACGGGGGAAAAAGUAGAAGUUCAACCCGCCCAGUUAUUGGGAGCUGUUGGAGAAACCUUGGCUGAAAUAGCCAAGAAUGCUAAAGAGAUGGUUGUUGGUCCGGAAACUGAACUGGAGCAACACAAGGUUCUUGGCGACGUUGAAUUGGAGCACCAACAUCAUGAGCACCAACAGUAGCUAUUCUGCAUUACAAAGUUCA